CUCGGGACGAACGCUUCGAUCUUCCAUUAUCCCCAAGGCUCAAACCAAAGGGGGAAAUCUCGCGAGCGAUGUCUCAAGCGUCAGACUCUCCCGUCUCCGAUCCCCCAACGGGCGGCAGCAGCGGAAUCAGCACUCCACCUCGACGCGCGUGUCAUGCAUGUGAUUCGUGCCACCGCCGAAAGAUCAAAUGCGAUGGCAGUACGCCCCCCUGCGAUUGGUGUCGACACCAUAAUGUCACAUGUACCUUCAACAGGGUUAAAGGAGGGAGGCGGAAGAGGCAGGCGGGUUCAAUCAAGCUUCGGAAAAAGAACAUCAUCCAGCGCAUUGGGAGGAUCGAACAGAUUUUGAUCGAGAAUUUCAGAAGACGCGAAGACGAGACAAGUCAGAUCUCCAUUGGCGCUGGCACUGGCACCUCCGUCACCAACACAACGUCCUCAGAUCCGUCUGUUGACAGUCUUGGCCGAAUCUUCCUGACAUCUUACAAACUUGGCGACAUCAAUGUCUUUCAUGGUGUACCAUACAUCACCCCAAAAGGCCAGAAAUGGAUUGGAUUCCGCCAUGAAGACAAUGCCUUCAACUGGCCUCAGAUCCCCCUGUGGCAGAACCAGCAAACCUUGUUCAAGCCAGGAUGUCUACCCCGGCCUAGUAUGCAAGAUUUACCUGCACGACAUCUUGUCGACGCGCUUUUUGCAUACUACCAGUCAUCGGGAUUCGCUGUCCAAUUACCACUCGUAGAUCCUGUGUUGUUCGCAUUAACCAUUGAUGAGGCGUACAGUUCAGAUAUCACUGACGAGCGCAGAGCGGCUCUGCUCAAGGCCUACAUCUUUGCUUUUCUGGCAACUGGUCCGUUGAUGGGCAACCAGAGACCUAACUUGAUACCUGACACUGAUGCCAGAGUCUAUGAGGUGGCCGAACAACUGACUCCAUAUAUUUACGCCGCUAGGGCCAGCACUGAAAUAGUAGACGCCCUGGUGAUGCUUGUAAUUUACCACUUCAGCUGUGGUAGUAUCCACGCCGCCGACAUCUCUCUGAGCUUGGCCUCCCGGCUCUUGUUCACGAUGGGCGCUCACUUGUAUCCAGGAAAGACCAUGGACGAGAGUCCCGAGGAACAACGCGAUCUGGAAACAAGGGCAGUCCUCCACCGCCGCGACCUGUUCUGGAUGUGCUUCACCUUGGACAUGGAAAUCACAUUCCGCACCGGUCGACCCCCAAUCAUGGCAUACACCUCUUGCGAUCUCACAUUUCCAGCGUAUUACCUGAAGCAAAUAUCACCCGGGUUCACCGGCGUCGCAAAGCUACCAGGCGACCUACGGUUGAGCAUCAUCAAGUCUAAGGCGUAUGAGAAGCUCUACUCCCCACACUCGCUCAAUAACUCCGACGCCGAGAUCCUCCGCGACAUCCGUGAACUCGACGACAUGCUGGAGAACUGGAGAUUGUCACUCCCACUCGAAUCCCGCCCGACGCUGUCCUUCUCCGAAGACACCAAAAUCACCCGCUCGCCGCAUAUUACCGCCGCGGACAUCAAUCCGAUUUUGACAAGGUUGGAGUAUCACCACUGCAUGACGACAAUUCACCAGGCGGGCAGUCGGUGUAAGACUUGGGCGGACAAUCGCAUGAUCGACCAAGGUUUAACUACCAGCAUGGAGCUGGCGCUGGAGUCGUCGAGGUCUUUGCUCAGCUAUCUCAAUAGCAUGGAGCCUAUCUUUCUGCCCAAUCUGUUCUGGAUCAUUCUUUUCUACCCCAUCUCCGCCGCAUUGGUGCUAUUCUCCAACAUCCUCCUCAAUCCGCUCAGCGCCUCCGCGGCCUGCGACCUCAAGCAGCUGGGCGAAUGUCUCGAAAUCGUGACCAAGAAGGUCCAGUUCAACUCAGGUCUCUCGGACAGUAAUCUGUCGCACAUGAAGCAUGUACGAUGUGCAGCCGAGGAGAUUUAUAGGAUGGGCCAGAAGGCCGUCGCACAGGCGAAGCAGGCGGAGGUGCAGGGUUCAAGCGCAGCGUCCGAGGCGCUGGACAGUGAGAUGGAAUAUAUGCAGAUUCAAUGAUGGAGGCUUCAUGGCGUGGAAUCAUUAGGGGUUAGGGUGGUCUAUUCUUUAUUGGGAGAGAGUCCACGAAUUCGAGGCUUUGGGCGCCAUAAAUCGGGAUGAAAGGGAUGGAGGAUAUGAUCCUCCGACUGAACGAUCGAUAAGUUUUGCUCUCAACGGCGUGGUGGGAUCGAGGCGGAUUCAAUUGGCUUACAACAUCAUAACGAAAAUGAAACACGUUGCACUAGAGAUUAUGAAAAUGUACAGGACUUGGAGGAACCUGGUAUGAGGAUCGGUACCUAGGCUACAGUGCGUAUUGCCUGGUCUGAAGCAUCUAAUUCUCAUAACACUGGAACAUGGCCGGC